CAAAAUGUCGGAACAUCGAAGAUACUGUUCAGAUAUUUGUCAUGCUGACCCGCUGAUACUACAAUGGCAACCAUUCAAAUGAGAUGAUGUUUUUAAUGAUCUAGAGGUUACAUUGGUCACAUUACACGAGGACAGUCACGUUUCAACGAUCAACAAACAUAUUGAGACAGGUCCAAAGUCUUUGUUUAAAAUAGAUUUAGUAUAUGAAUAAACCACCGCAGUUUCUACUUAGACAUUCGACUUUGAAAAAGAAGGCACUAGGUCUAGUUCAAGAUUACGAGAAGAUUAGUGCCUAAGGUCAUCCAGUUCAAUGGCGUCUCUUGGUAAAAAUACAUUACUGGUUGUCCGGAGUCUAAAUGAUAAAGGACACAGGAUUCUUAGACAUACUUUACAAGGGAAAUGGGCUGUGACGAUAGAAGCAACGGGCAAAGGAGAACGGGGAUAUGCAACUGGUUGUGAUCCAUUUGGACAUCAAAGGUUCAAGAGUACGUGCGGUUCUUUAAACCAUACCAGUAUUAGAAACAAAUAUGUCAAAGCAAGUACGGAACCCAUGGAACAGACUGCUGGCAAUAACUUGAUUAGGAAUAAUGCUAAAAAUGAUUUGCUUCACUGGACCGAGAAGACACUGACUGUAUCAUGGGCUGAUGGCCAACAAGAUAGUUAUAAUGCCACUUGGCUCAGGUAUAACUGCCACUGUCCUUUAUGUAAGCAGGAACACAGUGGGCAGAGACUGCUUGAUAUUUGGAGCCUUCCACCUGCAUUUUCGUUACAAUCUGCUCGUAUUCAAGGUGAAGACGUGUGCUUGGAGUGGGAAGGUAACGACCAUAAAGGUCGUAUUCCACUUAGCUUCUUACAAGAAUACAACUAUGCUGUCAAGACGGCGAAAGACGUCACAGAUCAGAGAAUUUCAAGUGCUUUGAAGGGUGAUAUAAAAGAAGUUGACUAUUUUGAUAUUAUGGAUAACAGGGAUGCACAGUGGCAAUAUUUGAAAAAUCUCAAUGAAGACGGCAUCUGUUUGGUAAAAAAUGUUCCUACUGUUGACAAAACAGUGAAAAAGGUCGCUGAAGUUAUAGCACCGAUCCAAGGUACAAUAUAUGGCGAAACCUUUGAUGUUGUUACCACCGACAAGCCAAUCAAUGCAGCAUACUCCACGGUUGGCCUACAGUAUCACAUGGAUCUAGUGUACUACGAGUCACCACCUGGUCUACAGUUCCUGCAUUGUCUUAGAAACGACCCAUGUGUUAAGGGAGGCGAGAGUAUAUUCCUGGAUAUCUUUCACAUAGCAGAGGAGAUGCGUCAACUUUAUCCUGAAAAGUUUGAGGUUCUUUGUCGAGUGCCUGCUACUUUUCAGAAGAUCCAUUAUGAACGUGAACGCCCUGUUCAUAUGGUAUAUCAGAGGCCGCAUAUUAUUCUCAAUCACAACGAUCAGAUCACUGGUGUGCAUUGGUCUCCACAGUUCGAGGGACCGUUAAUGGCACAGCCUGGUGACGUUGAACCAUACUACGAUGCCUACAAUACACUUACCAGGCUUAUGACGCAAUCUCAUGCCCAGAAAAUGAUGAAGCUCCAACCAGGUGAUUGUAUUGUGUUUAACAAUCGCCGUGUCUUACAUGGGAGACAGCCUUUUGAAGACAAUGGGGGUGUAAGACAUUUACAGGGCACUUAUGUGAAUAUAGACGAGUUUCUUUCCCAGUAUAUUGUACUGUGCAACAUUACGGGGAAUCCGGACAUCGCUAAACGAGUUGGAAACCAAUGCUUUUCAUGACGACGCUCAUACAGUACUAGGUCAUAAACGGACAAGUUAUGAAAAGAUGCGACUAAAUUGAAUUUUAUUCAUUUAACUUAUUCAUCACUUAUUUAUCACUUUAUUCAUAUAAGAUAAUAAUGAACAUAAUUUGAAUAGUCAGUAUUAUUGUUUGUUGUCCCGUUUUAUUAGAACAUACUCAGACAUUGAGUUCGGAACCAGUGCUCCAUGUGUUAAAGGAUUCUUUCUGGAUCUUGGAACCAUUGUUAUCAGACGAUGAUUUCGAUCAUGUAAAUUUAUAUUAAAUAUGGUUUAAUGUAAAAAUGUUUCUGGAUCUUGUGACCCAGUUACUCUGAGGAUGAUUUCGACCAUCGAUGUACAGUUAUAAUACAAAUGUAAAUUGAUAUUAAAGAUGGACAGAUCAAUG